CCACACCAGCGCAUGGGCAAAAGCUUGCAGGACACACGUGAGGAAACCAGAUUGAGAAACAGAAACCUGAAGGAAACCCCGAAGUACAGCCCGCCGGACGUACACCCGAUAAUACAGCUUACAUAAAAUCUAAGGCCGAAAUUGCAGACAUGCAUUUUGACGAGUUGCUACAGAUUGUGAAUGGAUUUGGCCCCUACCAGAAACUACGACUGUUCCUGAUAUGUUUGGUUGGUAUUGUAUGUGCGUUCCAUGCAAUGAAUAUGGUGUUUGUUGGAGCUAAACCCGACUAUCAAUGCAAGAUUGGUGCUAUGAACCUUUCUGAAAGUGACGGUUUCGUUAACACAAGUUUCACACAAUGGAUGAAUUUUUUAAGAGCCAAAGGAGACGGAUGUGAGAUGUAUAACCCAACACAGGCAUACAAUAUGAUCGCCAACGGAACUCUGGCCAUCCGGGGGUCCGAAGUCACGGGGGAUUCUAACUUGCCCUUGGAGACCUGCACGGAAUGGGAGUACUCGGAAGAUGUAUACGGGCCGACCAUCGUAUCUGACUUUGACCUGGUUUGUAGUCAGGCAUGGCUCCGAAGUACAUCGAAGACAUUCUACUUCUUAGGUCGUCUCCUUGGGGCAGUCAUAUUCGGACAGCUCUCAGAUAUAUUUGGGAGGAAGCCAAUGUUCUUUUUCGGUCUACUGUUCCUACUGAUAGCCGGAUGUGUUGCAGCUGUAGCGCCCUCUAUGGCGGUGUUCAUUCCAUUUUAUAUCCUACAGGGGGCAGCACAGACCGGCCUCUUUCUGGUUGCGUAUACAAUGUGUACAGAAUUGGUGGCACCAAAAUAUCGACUGAUGGCUGGGUUUAUGAUACAGAGUUUCUACAGUGUGGGGUACAUGACCCUGUCUCUGAUGGCCUACUUUAUCCGACACUGGCGCUACAUUGAGGUUGCCAUCACCGUUCCCGUGGCCCUGUUUGCAGCCUACUGGUGGUGUCUUCCAGAAUCUGUCCGCUGGUUGCUUUCCAAGAACAAGAUUGAGGAGGCCAGGGUGAUCAUGAAAAAAGUAGCUAAGACCAAUAAAGUAGUUCUUACCGACAACAUGAUGGAGAAUUUAACCGAUAAAAAAGACCAACCGGAAGUUCCCGAAGACAGGAAGUACACCUUUCUUGACUUGCUGCGACCUUUUCCAAUGUUUUUACUAUCCAUCAACGUUUGGUUUAAUUGGUUGAUCAACGCUAUGGUGUACUACGGUCUGUCACUGGGUACAGAUAACCUGGGAGGCGAUCCCUACAUCAACUUCUGUAUAGCCGGGGCUGUGGAGAUCCCAGCCUAUGUCCUCUGUGUCAUCUUCCUCAACAGGCUGGGUAGGCGCUGGCCCCUCUGUGGAACCAUGCUUGCGGGAGGGAUAUCGUGUAUCAUAUCUGGAUUUAUCCCUAAUGACAUGGUAGCAGUAAAGGUCACAUUCGCAAUGUUGGGAAAGUUCGGAAUUACAGCAUCAUACGGUAUAAUCUACUUGAUGGCAGCCGAGGUGUUCCCAACGGUUGUCAGAAAUGCUGGUAUGGGCGUAUCCUCCAUGUGUGCACGUAUUGGGGGAAUGUUGGCCCCCCAGAUGUUGGAGUUGAAACAGGUUUGGGGCCCACUGCCGCUCAUCCUCUUUGGUGGUCUGUCGAUCCUGGCCGGCGGACUCGCCUUGUUACUUCCGGAGACUGCGGGGAAACCCCUUCCCCAAACCAUCGAGGAUUGUCUUAACAACCGGUCAAAGAAAGUUACGAAAGAUUUAGAGACAACUGAGAAGAUUAAUUUACAGGAAAAACUAUAGUAUCUAAUCAAUACUAGAAUUUAAAUAUUUUAUUUAUAUAUAUAUGACUGUACUGACAGAUAUAUAACAAGACUUUGAUAGAUGAGCUUCAGUUUAAAAAACCCCAAUGAAUAACAAAAUCACGAGAUGAUUUGUUCCGUGGAGUUUAUCUGGAAUUGAAGAAAUAAUUAGGCAAAUAUCCAUUACGAUGCCUUUAAAAAUGGACUUUUACUUGUAUUCUUCAAAUUGUAAAUUAAAAUGUAAUUUACUAGCUUUAUGCACGACGCCAACGAAAAAGUAAAUCAUAGUAACUUAUAUAUAAAACAACUUCCAAGAUAACAGCGUAAGUACAAUUGUAAAUUCCUUUGAUCAAUUACUCUUUCCAAACGUUCUCAUAAUGUGCUAUAAUUUAUGUUCUCAUUUUUCGCUAUAAUUUAUGUUCUCAUUUUUCGCUAUACUUUAUGCUCUCAUUUUUCGCUAUAAUUUAUGUUCUCAUUUUCCGCUAUAAUUGAUGUUUUUAUGGUGUGCUAUAGUUUAUGUUUUUCUAGUUUGGUAUGAUUCAUAUUAACAUGAUGUGAUAUAAUUUAUGUUCUCGAUCGUUUGCUGUCAUUAUUCUCUAUACUUCCUCCAAAAUGAAGAUUACAUAAACAUAGUUAUAUAUAAGAAUUAAUCAACACAUAUACAUACAUGGACGUUGAAAAAGUACAAACGUAUUGUUAUUUUAAUGUGUACAUAAAUAUUUUAUAAGAGAAGGGAUUGUACAUUGUAAGGGCAUCAUUGCUUUAAUAAACAAUCAGACGAUUUGCACUAAUCUUAAUUGUUCAUAAUCUUCAAAUGACAGCUUAUAACUUAAUUCACUACCCAAUAGGGUAUUAGUCAAAUCGAAAUCUGGUAAAUUAUGCAAAUAAACAUUGAGUUGUAUAUCACAUAUACUUCAGUAAUUAAAUGACACCACACUUUGUCUCUUACUUCAGUACUGUUAUCACAAUGUAUAUCAUCGGUCUUUCACGUGCAUAAAACCGCACAGACCUCUAUAUGUAUGAGUGUGUACGUGCUGGAGGAUAUCACGUGAUCUCUAUGAGUACCUCUAUAUGUAUGAAGGUGUAUGUGCUGGAGGAUAUCACGUGAUCUCUAUGAGUACCUCUAUAUGUAUGAGUGUGUACGUGCUGGAGGAUAUCACGUGAUCUCUAUGAGUACCUAUAUAUUUAUGAGUGUGUACGUGCUGGAGGUUAUCAAGUGAUCUCUAUGAGUACCUCUAUAUGUUUGAGGGUGUACGUGCUGGAGGAUAUCACGUGAUCUCUAUGAGUACCUAUAUAUUUAUGAGUGUGUACGUGCUGGAGGUUAUCACGUGAUCUCUAUGAGUACCUCUAUAUGUUUGAGGGUGUACGUUCUGGAGGUUAUCACGUGAUCUCUAUGAGUACCUCUAUAUGUUUGAGGGUGUACGUGCUGGAGGUUAUCACAGGAUCUCUUUAAAUAUUUCCAUAUGUAUGAGGGUGUACGUGCUGGAGGUUAUCACGUGAUCUCUAUUAGUACAUCUAUAUGUAUGACUGUGUACGUCCUGGAGGAUAUCACGUGAUCUCUAUGAGUACCUCUAUAUGUAUGAGGGUGUACGUGCUGGAGGUUAUCACAGGAUCUCUUUCUAUAUUUAUGAGGUCGUAUGUGCGCAAGGUUGAAUAUUUGUUUUGGUUGUUGCAACUUGUUAAGGAGAAUACUAUCGUCUAAUAAGAUAGAAUUAUUUGGCGGGGAUAACAUUUUCAGAAUGACUAAAGAAGGAUUAGUUAGAAGUUCAUUUUCUUUAACACUUUUUGGAAAGAAAUUUUAUAUGGUCAUCAAUUGUAGAAAAUAAACCACCCACAACCCCACAACAAAUUGUUUCCCAACCUAUCUGGUAUAAUGACAGUAUUAAAAUAGAUAGAAGACCUACUUUUUAUAGACAGUGGUGUUUAAAAGGAGUUUUCUUUAUUAACGAUCUUGUAAUAAAUAACAGUUUUAUGUCUUUUGAAUGAAAUGUUCACAGAAAAAUAUGAUAUUGAUA